UCAAACAAAUGAGAAUCAUUCACGGUUCAGGAUAUUCUGAUGAAGACAAAAGAGGGUUCACAAAGCUUGUGUAUCAGAAUAUAUUUACAGCAAUGCAGUCCAUGAUCAGAGCUAUGGAUACACUCAGAAUCCCAUACAAUUAUGAGCAUAAUAAGGUCAAUGCACAAGUAGUUCGAGAAGUUGAUAUAGAGAAAGUGUGCUCAUUUGAGAACCCCUAUGUAGAUGCAAUAAAGAUCUUAUGGAACGAUCCUGGUAUUCAAGAAUGCUAUGACAGACGACGGGAAUAUCAGUUGUCAGAUUCUACUAAAUAUUAUCUUAACGAUUUGGACCGCAUAGCAGCCUCUGGAUAUCUACCCACUCAACAAGAUGUUCUUAGAGUUCGGGUUCCAACUACAGGAAUCAUUGAAUACCCAUUUGACUUACAAAGUGUUAUUUUCAGAAUGGUGGAUGUGGGGGGACAGCGAUCGGAACGAAGAAAAUGGAUACACUGUUUUGAAAAUGUCACCUCCAUUAUGUUUCUAGUAGCUCUUAGCGAAUAUGAUCAAGUACUUGUGGAGUCAGACAAUGAGAAUCGAAUGGAGGAAAGCAAAGCACUAUUUAGGACAAUUAUCACAUAUCCCUGGUUCCAGAAUUCUUCAGUCAUUCUAUUCUUAAAUAAGAAAGACCUUUUAGAGGAGAAAAUAAUGUAUUCACAUCUAGUUGACUAUUUCCCGGAGUAUGAUGGACCUCAGCGAGAUGCGCAGGCAGCAAGAGAAUUUAUCUUGAAGAUGUUUGUUGACCUGAAUCCUGAGAGUGAAAAAAUUAUCUACUCCCAUUUCACGUGUGCCACAGACACAGAGAAUAUUCGCUUUGUCUUUGCUGCUGUCAAGGACACUAUCUUACAAUUAAACCUGAAGGAGUACAACUUGGUCUAACUGUGCCUCUUAGAUCUCUACCCACCCACUUCGGGCAAUUGAAGAUAUUCAAGAGGGACUGUAUUAUCUGUGAAAACGAUCUGCGUAAUACUAAUUUAUUGCUGGCCUGGACUCUGUUAAUAUUUGCAGAGUUUGUAGUAAAUAU